CUUCUUUCCCUUCAGGUUCCAUUUUCUGAGGACCGUUUGGUGCGCGCCGGGGCCUGUUUCGAGGUGGCGUCCUAACCUCUCUUGCGCAUCAUGACGGACCGUUACACGAUUCACAGCCAGUUGGAGCACCUGCAGUCCAAGUACAUCGGGACCGGCCAUGCCGACACCACCAAGUGGGAGUGGCUCGUGAACCAGCACCGGGACUCCUAUUGCUCCUACAUGGGCCAUUUCGACCUGCUCAACUACUUCGCCAUCGCCGAGGACGAAAGCAAAGCCCGCGUCCGUUUCAACCUCAUGGAGAAGAUGCUGCAACCCUGCGGGCCGCCCGCCGACAAGCCUGACGAGUCUUAAGCUUUGCAGCCGUGCAGCCCACCCGAACGAGGAAGGAAGGAAAGAAAGAAUCCUUGGCCGCCGGGGAACGAUUGGAUUCUGCACCGCCUCUUUCCACCCACCCGUGACUGCUUGUGGACUUGCGCAGUUAAAUUGAUUCCGACGUGUUUCGUACACCGUGCAUGGCGGGGAGGGCAUUGUCUGAACUUUUUCCCUCUGUAGCCUGUGGGGAUUUGGGACGGAGCAGAGCGGAGCCCGAUGGUUUCCCGUAGACCGGCACUGGGGUGGCUUGCUUUGAAGACUUGCAAAUGCAUCUCUCCCCCCCCCCUUUUUUUUUUUCAUUUCCCACUUUAGAGUGUUUGGGAGGCAUUUUCACAAUUCGGUUUAAUAAAAGAUUAUGCUUUUUUAAAUAAAUAAAUUAAUGUGUGGGUAAUCAAUUAAAACAGCAAACUAACGAACCCCUGACAGAUGGGAUAGUAUUAAUGCAUCUCCAAAAUCAUCUAAAUUUGUACCUUGUGGCUAUGUAGCCCUUGAGCGAUCUCUGGUAAAAAAGAAAAAAGGAAGAAAGUGUAAUUGGCCAUUUGUAUGAUGGUUUCUGUACAAAGAUCCCUAUGCUUGGUCACCCUACUUUAAAUUAGUUUUAAUGACAGAACCAAAGGUUUAUAUUUGUUAACUAGUGUAUUGCUCAAUAGACUAAUGUAAAACGUAUUUUGCAUAACGUAUUUUGUGAUACCUAACUGGGUGGUGCUGCCCCAGAUAAAACCAGUACAAAAUUUGGGGCUCCUGGAUUCUGGGCUCCUGUUCAAUGAGAAAGUAGGUAGCUGUGAUCAAGAGGGCUUUUGAACAGAUCUAUUUGGUGUGCAAAUUAUGUCCUUUCCUGAUGAGUAGGCCAUUCACACAGUCAUUCAUCCCUCAGUCAUUUUCCAUUUGCACUGUUGUAAUAUUCUCUUCAAGAGCCAGUUUAGUUGUCUGCAGAAAUUGGGGGACUAGGAGUUCUAGUUUUAAACUUAAAGGUAGCAGGGUGACUUUGGGCCAGUCAAUCCCAAACCUUGAAAGAAAACAAUGGAAAAUUGCUUUGGAAAAAUUUGCAAAAGAAAUUGCAGGAACCAGCCUCAGCAAUCACCAGAAAUUAAGACUGAUUCAAAGGCAGCACACCAAAAUCCUCUACAUAGGUAACAGCUCAGUUCCUAGUUAGCUACAGGGAUGUUUUUCUCCUAUGGUUAUUGCCUAAGUAAGAUCUGAAAGAAUUUGAAACUUGUUUCCAGCUAUAAAACACAGACUGGUGAUACCUUAGAAGACAUUUCUUGGUAGCUCAGUGAAACAACAUAUCCACUGAGUUCUGUGGCCCAACACUUUGAGGCUUCCAUAAAAAACCUGGCUCUUAUUAUACCUGCAGGAGGAUAGACUAGUGUGUAAUAUGAUGAAAAAUAUAUUUGUGGUGUUAUGCUUCCCAGUCAGUCCUAUGUAUGGUAUUUGGUGAUACUGUUUAAUUGUUUUUAGUUGUUAUUUACUGGACAUUUUAGUUCUAUUGUGUAAAGUGUCUAGAGUCACUUUUUGAUUAAGGCAGCAUAGGAGUUGACCAAAGAGGGGGAAAAAUAGAAAACAUAGGCCAUAAAGCUGGAAACAUUCUUAUACAUAAGAUUAUCACCUGUAAAAACGGAAAUAUGACUGCUAGUUUUAUUAUCACACUUCAAUCCAUCAUACAAGUUUUAAAAGUGAUGGUAGGCUGAAUGUAUGUAAACUGGUUUUCUGAGCUCUUCUAAUUCAGGUGCUGUAAAAAGUAAAGGCUGCUAUUCAGAAAUUUGGUGGGCAUGCUCUCCUCAUCUUCUUCCCUGAGUUGGAGCCCUAAGAACAGUCAAGCAUUAAUUUAGGUAGUCUGAAAUAAAGCAGAUGAUAACACAACAGCCUGAUGCACUGGCCAAUUUGAGAAAGUACAAUAUGGUUUCACGGUCAUGCUGGACAUAUUUGUUCUAUUACAUUGCAUCUUUGGAAAAUAGAAGAACAAGUAGCACAGGAGAAAAGGGAAUAUGAACAAAAAGUUGGUUUAAGAGGCUGAAGGAAAUAAAUUAGUUAAGUAUGUACAGGAUGAAAAGAGUGGAAAAAACUGGGAAAUAAUGUGCUAUUGAUAGCUCCAGUUUGCAACUAUAAAAAACUAAUUUAUAUCAGUCACUAUACCAAUAACAAAGCCAGUUUGAUGAUGUGGUUAAAAUGCUGGCCUAGAAACCAGGAGACUAGGUCCUAGUCCUGCCUUGAGCAUGAAAGCUGGCUGGUUGACUGAACCAAUCGUUUUCUCAACCCAAUACUCCUCAUAGGGUUGUUAUUGUGUAGAAGAAGUAUCAGGCAGGUUUGUUGCCUUGGGUUAUUUAUUUAAAAAAAGAUGGGAUAUAAAUAAACUGACCAGGGAGGCUUAAGAAUUCACAGGAAGUAUCAGAAUUUUGGAACAAUUUCAUAUUUUAUAACUAAAGCCUUUGAUAAAGAAAGCUGUCAGUAUAGUAGUUAUGUUUAAUGAAACUGAUCUGUGGCUUGGUAUUUCGAGUAAAUCAAAUGUAUAUAAAUGAGAACAAGUCAUGCAAAUGGUAUGUUUAUGUAAAGAUAAACAUGAAAAUGAAGUAAA